AUGACGGUGUCCAAGAAGGCCGACUACGAUGCAGUCGUCGUCGGUGCUGGCUUCAGUGGCAUUCGGACCAUCUGGGAACUGGUCCAACUGGGUCUGACGGUCAAAUGCUUCGAGGCCGGGUCGGAUGUUGGUGGUGCCUGGUAUUGGAAUUGCUAUCCUGGCGCUCGAACUGAUAGCGAGGCUUGGGUCUACCGACUCAACUUUGAUCCGAAAAUCAAGGAUGAAUGGGGCUACCAGGAGCGAUAUCCGUCGCAGCAAGACGUUCAGCGCCAUUUGAGGCAUGUUACUGACCAGUACAAUUUACGCCAGUACAUCACGUUUGACAGCCGGGUCAAGAGCGCACACAUCGGUGAAAACAACGUCUGGACCAUCACCACGGUGGAUGGCAAGACGACGACUUGUCGCUACUUUCUGCCGGCCACGGGACCUUUGUCGAUCGCAAAGGAACCCCCAUUUCCCGGGCUGAAAUCUUACCAGGGCGAGUGGUACCAGGCGGCCAUCUGGCCCAAGAAGAAGAUAGAUUUCCGCGGUAAGCGGAUCGCGGUCAUAGGCACGGGGGCCACCGGCGUCCAGAUCAUCCCCAAGAUUGCGCCCGCCGCCAAACAUCUGACCGUGUUUCAACGUACACCAAACUACGUGCUCCCAGGUCGAAACUACGUCAUUGACGAACAUCAGGCCGCAGACAUCAGGCAGAAGCACGAGGAUACGUGGGACCACGCAUCGAGACAGAGCUCGGGCUUGGCCAUGUAUAGGUCGGGUCGGACACUUCAGAGUGUCGGGGAUGCCGACAAGAUCAGGCAGAUCUUUGACGCCGGUUGGGAGUGCGGUGGCUUCCACUUUCAGUUUGAGACGUUCGACGACCUCUUUACGAGUAAAGAGGCGAACGAGGCCGCCUCGGAGUACAUCCGCCAGAAGAUUCGCGCCGUGGUCCAGAACCCCGAGACGGCGGAGAAGCUCUGCCCUAAAUAUCCCUUCCUGUCUAAACGCCCGCCGUGCGGCCACUUUUAUUACGAGGCGUUCAAUCGACCCAACGUCGAGCUGGUCGACAUCAGCCGCGACGACCUCGAGCUCUACGAAAAGGGCAUCCGUACCAGCUCGGGUGGGGAGUACGAAUUCGAUAUGAUUAUCUUCGCCUUGGGCUUCGACGCCGCCACCGGUGCGCUGAGCGAGAUGGACGUCAGAGGCAGCCAGGGCGUAUCGCUCGGCGAUGUCUGGGCGAAGCAACUCGAAACCUAUGCCGGCGUCCUCGUGCGUGGAUUCCCCAAUAUGUUCUUGGUCUGUGGCCCCCACAUCCCCUUUGGAAACAUGCCCGUCGUGCUGGACAUCCAAGUCAAAUGGAUCGGCCACACGAUCCGUCAUAUGGAGGACAAGAGACUGGCCAAGGUCGACGUGUCCGAGGAGGCCAUGGCCCAGUGGUCUUCUCACUUGCAUGAGGCGUUCGAGGCCACCCUCUUCGCCGAGUCGGCCAAGGCCGCCGGGGCCUGGUUCGUCGGCGCAAAUAUCCCCGGCAAGGCUUCUGAUAUUCUGUUCUAUUUUGGCGGCGUCCCGGCGUGGGCAGCUUGGUUGGAGAACGAGAGAGAGGCCGGAUGGCCGAGCCUCGACUUCGGUGCUGGAGAAGAAGUCCCGAAUGGCCAUAGAGUGAACGGUGAUAUCACGAUCGAUUCGCGCGAGCUGGUGGGUGGUCGUGUCUGA